ACACGACUUCAACUGCAUAAGUCUGUCUCAACCUCGUCGUUGGCCCACAAAAUGCAGCGAGGUCUUCCAAUGCAACCGACCGUAGUCCUCCUCAAGGAGGGGACGGACACAUCACAAGGCAAAGCUCAGCUACUAUCCAACAUCUCGGCAUGUCUGGCCGUCUCGGAAACACUUUCGAGUACUCUUGGACCAAGGGGAAUGGACAAAUUAAUCGUCUCGGAACGCGGGGAGGCUCAAAUUACAAAUGAUGGUGCGACAAUUCUGAAGCUUCUGGACAUUGUGCAUCCAGCGGCGCGGACGCUGGUGGAUAUCGCUCGCGCUCAAGAUGCAGAGGUCGGAGAUGGUACCACAAGUGUGGUCUUAUUAGCCGCGCAGUUCCUGAAGGAGGUUCGAGGGUACAUUGAGGAAGGCGUUAGCCCUCAAAUCAUCAUGAAGGGUUUCCGUCAGGCAGCUCAGCUGGCAGUGGAUCGCAUCAAAGAGAUCCAAGUCACUGUUGACAAAUCGAACCCCGAAUUCUUCCGCGAUCUCCUGCUCAAAUGCGCAGCAACUUCCAUGUCCUCAAAACUCAUCCAUUCAGAGAAGCCAUUCUUCUCGAAUAUGGUCGUGGAUGCCGUGCAGUGCCUGGACCAAGAAGAUCUCGACGAAUCACUCAUUGGCGUCAAGAAAGUUCCUGGAGGAGGCAUGCAGGAUUCACUGCUGAUCAGUGGAGUUGCGUUCAAAAAGACGUUCACAUACGCUGGCGCCGAACAGCAACCGAAGUCCUUCCAUGACCCAUUAAUUCUCAGCCUGAACGUUGAGCUUGAACUGAAGGCUGAGAAAGACAAUGCUGAGGUCCGUGUAGAGGCGGUAUCGGACUAUCAGGCGAUUGUGGACGCGGAGUGGGAGAUCAUUUAUCGAAAAUUAGAUGCUAUCGAGAAGACAGGCGCAAAAAUAGUCCUCAGCAAGCUCCCGAUUGGUGACCUUGCCACUCAGUGGUUUGCAGACCGGGAUAUCUUCUGCGCCGGUCGAGUGCCAGCAGCUGAUCUGCAGAGAGUUGUACAAGCCGUCGGUGGUUCCAUUCAAUCUACAUGUUCGGACAUCAGGCGCGAACAUCUGGGCACCUGUGGACGAUUCGACGAGCGACAAAUUGGUGGAGAGAGGUACAACGUCUUUGAAGAGUGCCCGAAGGCGAAAACGUGUACUUUGAUUCUGCGCGGCGGCGCGGAACAGUUCAUCGAGGAAGUCGAGCGCAGUUUGCACGAUGCCAUCAUGGUCGUCAAGCGAGCGGUUAAAAAUGGCGAAGUCGUCGCUGGUGGAGGCGCUAUCGAGAUGGACCUGUCGGCGCACAUUCGCAAGCACGCUCUGUCAAUUCCUGGCAAAGUGCAGCUCAUUAUGAUAGCAUUUGCCAAGGCUCUUGAGAUCAUUCCUCGUCAAAUCUGCGACAACGCUGGUCUUGACUCGACGGACGUCCUCAACAAACUGCGCAUGAAACACGCAAGCGGCGAGAAGUGGUAUGGAGUGGACGUGGAUGGCCCUGAGGGUGUCCGGGACAACAUGGAGGCAUUCGUUUGGGAGCCCAGUUUGGUCAAGGUCAACGCGAUCAACAGCGCGACGGAGGCGGCUUGCUUGAUUCUCAGUGUUGAUGAGACCGUUCGGGGACCGCAGAGCGAAGCGCCGAAUCCGGGACCGAGAGCACCUCCAGGCACGGCACAGCGCGCUCUGGGGGCGAGGGGAAGAGGAAUGCCGAGGCGGUGACCGAUUUCGCGUAUCGUGAAGCGUAGUGUACCUUAUCGUCAAUGAUUGGGCAGUCGAGAGC